AGUUUGAAAACCUUGCCCAACGCUGCAAAAAUCGAGCAGUGCAAGAAAUUCGACGAAUCUAAUAAACUCCAGGAAUGAGCACCAUGCCAGCUCCACGGGACCGUUCUCCAAGGCUUACGGCUGAAAUGAGGCGAUCGAGGAUCAGUGACGGAGGGUCUCCGACCGGUCCGAGGUCAGACAAGGGCUGCCCUCCAGCGUUUUCUUCCGGAAAAGCCGGCAUGUCUGGCGGCUCAAUGCAGAAGACAUUCCAUGAGGCUAUGAGACAGCGGAGGACAAGUCUGCCUGCGAACAGCCUCACACUCGGCAAGGUGCAGACAUUGCCAACAUCAAACGUGUCAGAAGCCCGAGGCUUGGUGGUUGACAUGCUUGCAAAUCGCGACCUUCCGCCAAAUGUUGUUUCGUGCCUUCGAGCCGUAGCCACGCUCUUGAAUCCCCAUACGCCUCUUUCGCUGCACUCGCUAAACGACUUCGGGCUUCCAUGUGUGGUUGAGAAUCCGUACAGCGGAGAGCAGUUAAUCGUAUCUAACUCCUCAAAACCACGAGUAUCGAACAUCACGUUUUCUACCGUAACCAGUGCCACUGGUUUACCAACAAUCGCUGCAGAACCAUGUCGACCGAGAUCAAGCAGCUACUGGAAGCCUGAUUCAUCGCAGUCAACCGAUGGUCGUCCCGCGCAUCACACCUCUCCAGGAACAUCCACUGGAAAUGGAGGCCCUUGCUUGAAGAAGUCUGUUGUUCGAAAAGAAAGUGGAUCCUUAUGCGACACUGUGGUGACAACAGUUGACGGUCAGAAGUUCGAUACGAAAGAAUUGGACAAUGACCGGGGUCUGGCUAUGGUCGCCGACUGGUCUUUACCAAUUUUUGAAAUUGCGGAGAAGCAUCGAGAAACUGUGCUGAGUCGGCUUACCUACACCGUGUUCAAGCAAUCCGAUCUGUUUCGGAUAUUCAAAUUGUCGCCGAUAAAAUUUUUUAACUUCUUCCAUGCAUUGGAGCGAGGUUACUGGGACAUUCCAUAUCAUAAUCGAGUUCAUGCCGCCGAUGUUUUACACGGCUGCUACUAUUUGACCUGCCAUCCAGUACGACCACUCAUCGGUCCCACGACAUCACCGGACUCGUUGCUUCCUCCACCUCUUUCCCCGGCUGCGCCCAUUUCAUCUAGCAUGAGCACAUUAGAGUUGAUGGCUCUGUACACAGCGGCUGCUAUGCACGAUUAUGACCAUCCGGGUCGGACGAAUGCGUUUCUUGUCGCUGCUGAGGACAAAAAGGCAAUUCUGUAUAACGACCGCUCGGUCUUGGAGAAUCACCACGCCGCCGAAAGUUGGAGGUUACUACAGUUGAAAGAGAACAGUUUUAUUGAGACGCUGGAUCCUGCAGAAACAAAACGAUUUCGAUAUCUCGUUUUGGAAUACAUUCUUGCUACGGAUCUGAAGCAACAUUUUGAGAUUAUCAUGACUUUCAAUGAGAAGAGCAGCGAAAUGGAACUUUUGAAUGAGUCGGAUCGACUUCUCAUGGCGAAAAUGAUUAUCAAGAUGGCAGAUAUAAAUAGUCCGACAAAACCUUAUGGCUUGCAUAGGCAAUGGACAGAGCGAAUUUGCAAGGAAUUUUAUGAACAGGGUGAUGAAGAGCGGAAGCGUGGCAUGCCAAUCACUCCCUAUAUGGACCGAAACGAUGCUCAGGUUGCAAAAUUGCAAGAUUCAUUUAUCGCUCAUGUUGUUAGUCCUCUUGCGCUCGCCAUGAAUGAGGCUGGACUACUUCCAAUUUUGCCGGGUUUGGUCGAACCAGAGAUGAUGAUCAAUUUGAAGCAUAAUCACCAAAAAUGGCUUCAUGAAAUUGAUAGUAAUAAUACAGACGCGGUUCCGCCGCUUGGUAAUGGCGUCAUAGAAGAGGAAAGUUCUAGCGAAAGUCCGGAUAAUCGAAAGUGCAGCCCUUUAGAUUCUGAAGUUGAGUGAUAUCCCCUGCGUGCCUCGUACUCUUCAUUCCACACAAACAUCAAUUUGCGCAUCCUUCCUACUCUUCCCUUUGUCGUUUCCCUUCUCCUUCCGGUCAUCGAGCAUCUUUAGCACCACAAAUGGAGCAGUUCGACAUGUGCACGAUUCAAGAGCACGACGAAGAAGAGUACUUAUAGCCUAUCAUCCGUCCCACAUUCUAUGCCCAUCAGCCCUCACAGUGAGCAGCUUUCCAAAGAAGUGGUGCCAACUUGCGUGCUCUACAUGAAUGAAGUAUUGAGGAUUUAUCGGAGCUGGUUGUAUCUUUGCAAAUAUUGACGCGUUUCAUUAUAUCCCAUCGUAUCAUCGAUGUAUGUACGUUGAACUUAUCACUCUUUUGCCUUAUGAUUUCUUUAGACGUUGUUUUGUAAUUCUUUAUUUUUUCCUCUGCGUACUUGUCCAUGAUCUCUUGCCAUUGUCGAUCCGUCUCUUUGCAUAUAUGUGCUAAACGUAUUAUCAUUCUUCAUAUCAUCAAAUGAUUAUCGUAGAUCUUCUAUCUAACAUUAUCCCCUAAUACGGUCGCUAAGGCAUGUUGUCUUUGUAAUACCAGUAUAGGUAAAGUCCCGCUUUGAAUAGUGUACGACAAGAGCCGGUGCUCAAUAGCCCAAAGAGUAAGUUUCCUUUACACAAAGAAUUGUUAUUGUUUUUUUUUUGACGGAGUUUACCUUGAGCUACGCUCUCACGGGAAAUUCA